AUGUCAAGUCUGCAGCAUACUCAAGCACUACUUGACUGAGGAAGAGAAGUUGGGAUCUAUGUAAAUCCGAAGCUGCUGAUCCCAGCUGUUUUUCCUCCAGGAUACGUAGGUGUUCAAGCAACUGAGGCGAUUUCUCCAAGAGAAACUUUAUUGACAAUACCAAAUGCUGCUCUAUUAUCAACAAAAGUGACGAGCCCGCCUGAGCUGCAAGAGCUUUAUAGCGCCCAUCAAGAGCUGUUUUCAUCAACUUCAAAAGAGCAUGAAGACUAUAAAAUGAUCGCUUAUAUCCUAUUUGAACUUACCAAAGGCGAAAAUUCUUACUGGUCUCCUUAUUUUAAAUCACUGCCUCUAGACCCUGAAAACAUGCUUGAUUGGACUGCUGAAGACUUAUCAGAGCUGCAAGACCCUGCUUUAGCGUUUGAUAUUAAAAUAAGGGCCGAUAAAGACAAAGAAUGCAAUAAAAUCUUCCAAAAUGCCUUGCUAGAGUGCCCAGACAUUUUUAACCUAGAAAACGCCUCAAUGGAAAAAAUUAUAUGGGCUUGGCGAGUCAUAGUGACCAGAUCUUUUGGACGAGUCAUCCCUUUUCCUGCACUAAUCCCUAUAGCUGACUUAUUGAACCACGAAAACUGCAAAACGUGCUACUAUUAUGGCUCAGAAACAGACAUGGCACCUGACUAUCAUCCAGACGGAAAAGACAGUGAUGAAGAAGACGACGACGAAGAAAUUUAUGAAUCGCCUGUGUCUAUUCUUUUAAGCAGCCAAAAACUGCAUAGGAUUAAUUUUGGAGCUUAUGAAGGGGAAGAUCUAGACAUUAUUUCUAAACAAAUUGCAGCAGAAGCCAAAAAAUUGGACGCGAGAUUAUUUUUAGAAAAACUUAAAGUGGCAGACAGAGUAAGUGAGGUCGUUAAUUUAGAGGAAAGUGAGGAGAAAAGGUUUAGGAUGGUGACUGCCAAAGAUAAAGGAUAUGAAGCAGGGAGCCAAACUUAUAUUCCUUAUGGCAGAUACUCAAAUAGAAUGCUGUUGACAAAUUAUGGGUUUGCGUUGACAGAAAAUUAUUAUAAUUAUGCCAGGAUUAAGUUUUUCUUAAAAGAAAUCUUAUCUCCAAAGCAGCUUGAAAAGCUGACACAGCAUUAUAAUGAAAACAUGGAAAUCGCAUUUAAAUUCAAAAAGCAGUAUUUAAAUACAGAUUUUUUAGGAAUUUUAAGAGGCUUAAGCUGAAAUCACCAAUUCCAUCAGCCGCAAGCCUUUUUUUCUCCUACAAAUUUCCAGCUUGAGCUUGAGUCUCUUAACAAGAUGAAAAUCCUGAUAUCACAAAAAUAUGGAGAAUUCCCGACUACUCUAGAAGCAGAUAAAGCUGAGCUUUCUAACACGAAUAUUUCUAGGCGCUAUUUUGCAUUAUUAUACAGAAUUGGGGUCAAAGAGUGCCUAACUGGGCAAAUUUUACUGAUAAAUAUAGCUAUAAAGAUCAUAGAAAGAUUAAUUAACGGUGAAAAUUUAGCUGAUGCCUUAAAAAUAAUUCCAGAGCUUGAAGAAGAAAACAGUAAUAAAUAUAUAGACUUUGUGUACCAUAGAAAAGGCCUUAAAGAGUACACGGAUAAACUACAAGAAUCUACUUAA